UCGAAGCCGGAAGUGGUCUGAGGCACAGGGAGGCCGCGGGAGCCCGCUGGCGGUGGCGCGGCGGAGACCGGGCGAGUAUAACAAGAGGAUCACCUGACCACGCCGAGAUGCAGAGCACUUCUAAUCAUCUGUGGCUUUUAUCUGAUAUUUUAGGCCAAGGAGCUACUGCAAAUGUCUUUCGUGGAAGACAUAAGAAAACUGGUGACUUAUUUGCUAUCAAAGUAUUUAAUAACAUAAGCUUUCUUCGUCCAGUGGAUGUUCAAAUGAGAGAAUUUGAAGUGUUAAAAAAACUCAAUCACAAAAAUAUUGUCAAAUUAUUUGCUAUUGAAGAGGAGGUAACAACGAGACAUAAAGUACUUAUUAUGGAAUUUUGUCCAUGUGGAAGUUUAUACACUGUUUUAGAAGAACCAUGUAAUGCCUAUGGACUACCAGAGUCUGAAUUUUUAAUUGUUUUGCGAGAUGUGGUGGGUGGAAUGAAUCAUCUCCGAGAAAAUGGCAUAGUUCACCGUGAUAUUAAGCCAGGAAAUAUCAUGCGUGUAAUAGGGGAAGACGGACAGUCUGUGUACAAACUCACAGAUUUUGGUGCAGCUAGAGAAUUAGAAGAUGAUGAGCAGUUUGUUUCUCUGUAUGGCACAGAAGAAUAUUUGCAUCCUGAUAUGUAUGAGAGGGCAGUGCUGAGAAAAGAUCAUCAGAAGAAAUAUGGAGCGACUGUUGAUCUUUGGAGCAUUGGGGUAACAUUUUACCAUGCAGCUACUGGAUCACUGCCAUUUAGACCAUUUGAAGGGCCACGUAGGAAUAAGGAAGUGAUGUAUAAAAUAAUUACUGGAAAGCCUUCUGGUGCAAUAUCUGGAGUACAGAAAGCAGAAAAUGGACCAAUUGACUGGAGUGGAGACAUGCCUGUUUCCUGUAGUCUUUCUCGGGGUCUUCAAGUUCUACUUACCCCUGUUCUUGCAAACAUCCUUGAGGCAGAUCAGGAAAAGUGUUGGGGUUUUGACCAGUUUUUUGCAGAAACAAGUGAUAUACUUCACCGGAUGAUAAUUCAUGUUUUUUCGCUACAACAAAUGACAGCUCAUAAAAUUUAUAUUCAUGGCUAUAAUACUGCUACUGUAUUUCAUGAACUGGUGUAUAAACAAACCAAAAUUAUUUCUUCAAAUCAAGAACUUAUAUAUGAAGGACGACGUUUAGUGCUAGAACCUGGAAGACUGGCACAGCAUUUCCCUAAAACUACUGAGGAAAAUCCCAUCUUUGUAGUAAGCCGGGAACCUCUGAGUACGAUAGGAUUGAUAUUUGAAAAAAUUUCCCUCCCUAAAGUACAUCCACGUUAUGAUUUAGAUGGGGAUGCCAGCAUGGCUAAGGCAGUAACAGGAGUUGUGUGUUAUGCCUGUAGAAUUGCCAGUACCUUGCUGCUUUAUCAGGAAUUAAUGCGAAAGGGGAUACGAUGGUUGAUAGAAUUAGUUAAAGAUGAUUAUAAUGAAACUGUUCACAAAAAGACAGAAGUUGUGAUCACAUUAGAUUUCUGCAUCAGAAACAUUGAAAAGACUGUGAAAGUAUAUGAAAAGUUGAUGAAGAUCAACCUAGAAGCAGCAGAGUUAGGUGAAAUUUCAGACAUACACACCAAACUGUUGAGACUUUCCAGUUCUCAGGGAACAAUAGAAACCAGUCUUCAGGAUAUUGAAAGCAAAUUAUCUCCAGGUGGAUUGCUGGCAGAUACAUGGACCCAUCAAGAAGGCACUCAUCCAAAAGAUAGACAUAUAGAAAAGCUACAAGUCCUGUUAAAUUGCAUCACAGAGAUUUACUAUCAGUUCAAAAAAGACAAAGCAGAACGUAGACUAGCUUAUAAUGAAGAACAAAUCCACAAAUUUGAUAAGCAAAAACUGUAUUAUCAUGCAACAAAAGCUAUGACCCACUUUACAGAUGAAUGUGUUAAAAAAUACGAGGCUUUUUUGGAUAAGUCAGAAGAAUGGAUGAGAAAGAUGCUUCAUCUUAGGAAACAGUUAUUGUCCCUAACUAAUCAGUGUUUUGAUAUUGAAGAAGAAGUAUCGAAGUAUCAAGACUAUACUAAUGAGUUACAAGAAACUUUGCCACAGAAAAUGUUUGCAGCCUCCAGUGGAAUCAAACAUACCAUGACCCCAAUUUAUCCAUGUUCUAACACAUUAGUAGAAAUGACUCUUGGUAUGAAGAAAUUAAAGGAAGAAAUGGAAGGGGUAGUUAAAGAACUUGCUGAAAAUAAUCAUAUUUUAGAAAGGUUUGGCUCUUUAACCAUGGAUGGUGGCCUUCGCAAUGUUGACUGUCUAUAGCUUUAUAAGAAGUUUGAGGCAAGUUUCAGUUUGCACAAGAAUAUAAUGUUGGGGCAUUAAACAAAUGCCUCUGUAGGUGGUCUCUUGUUUCUACAUUUCACUAUUUGAUGUGGUCAUGUAAAUAUGUACAAUACUGUAAAUACAUAAAAAUAUAUAAAUUUUUGGCUGCUAAGAUGUAAUUUUACUUUUUAACAUUUAUAAUUGUAUGAGGACAUUUGACCUCAGUGAGCACUGAGAAGAAAGCCAUGACUGAUACGUUGAGAUACUUACUGAUCCUCGACACUUCUGAGUAAGGCCAGCUAAGUCAUAUAUCUCUGACUGCCUACUGGAAACAUUUUUAAGUGGAACCAAAAUUGGCGUCCUUACAAAUCAGUAAAGGUUGAUUGUUAACACGUUUAUAAGUGAUAGAAUGGAGAGGUAGCUUUUGUGAGUGGGGAGCAGAACCGAACCACUGUUUUACUAGGAUCACAGUUUUUUUGAGAAGGAUAAAGUGGCAUUAUCCCAGUUAUCCUUGUAUCUGUUUAAUUUCAGGUAAAUUAUUGAGCAAAAUUUUUAAAGUGAUUUAAUUAUUAAAAACUGUUCAUUUUUAUUUUGGCCAUAAAUGUAUAAUUGUCAUAAAAAUUUUAGGAUCAUUUCAACUGUUU